AUGAACGCAGAGGGCGACGGAACAAGCCCAACGGACUACGAUGGAGGAAGUAGUAUCGGUUGGCCAGACGGUCCAAGUGGUGGACCCUGACGUGCGUUCUCAUGUUUAUUCUCUGGUCACUGCGCUGGGAGGCUUCAAUGGCGAAAAUGCUGAUCAAUAUGUACUCGGUGACGAUGCGUUGGCUUGUUUUCGCGAUAUCAAGCGCUGGCUGAAAUUAUACGAUGAGAAAUACAACCGGAUGGAUGUAGCGCGAUGUCUGGGAGAAGCGAAUUUGGUCAACGGGGACGUCAUUCCGAUCCUUGCGCUGUGGUGGAAUAGUGGACAAAACAGCAAAUAUAUGUCGAGAAUCGCAUUGGCAUGUGUUGAGUUGCUAGUACCUUUGACUUGGCCGCUGGAGAUCCACGGCGAAAUGACAGUCAACCACCAUCGCCACUUGCCUUACCUACAGCAGGCGCAGGUGUCAUACAAACGUGCUAUCCUCAGUCAUGGUGGCUGCGGCCUUCUUCGAACCGUCAUCCGCAUUGGCCUUCCCAGUAUGGCAAUCCCACGAUCGGAACGAACAACUCGCGAUGAAGGAAUUCUGAAACUAAUGCUAUACUAUUUACGGAAUAUUGCGAUAAUAUCUGCCAAUGCCCGUCUCGCAGCAGAAGGGGAUGAGGAGGAAACGUCGAGAUCCGCGACAAUAAAUGCCUUCCAAAACCAGGAUGUCUUUGCGCUUCUUCUUACGUUGUGCUCUAACGUGAGCGAUGACUUCAACAUGCUAGAUGUUCCUCUUCUUGAGACUCUAUUCCACAUCGUAAAGGGUGUGAAUGUUGAGAAGCUCUUCAUGAAUGAUACCCAGCGAACUGCCAAGCGCUCCGACGAGCUGAAUGAUCUGCUACAACAGGAGUCAUCCCUACGAAGGGAAUACGCCAAAAACGCACCCACUCGCCACGGACGAUUCGGGACAAUGAUCUGGGUUAAGCGCGAUGACGCCAAGGUCUCUACGGUCUCAGGACAGGACGUCCUUAAAGAUGGUCAGGCCACCCUUUACAAGAUGGACCAAAGCAAGAAGUGGAACAAGCCCCAACAUCGCCAGAGGAAACAGGACGAGACAGUGAAUAACGAUUUCAGCACACCAGUGCAUCUUAAUCAGACUGCAUCGAAGAACUUGCGCACCUUCGUUGAAGAGUUUUUGGAUUCCGGAUUCAACCCUCUUUUUACACACGUUCGCAAGGCAGUUGAACGCGAGUCAGUUCGGGUUCUUCCCAUUAACAGACGACACUAUUUUUAUACCGUCGCCUGGUUCCUCGAAGCAGAGCGCGUACGGCGCGUACGGCAAAGUGAGAAGCGCUCUCAGAGCGAGCAACCCGGUAAAGAACUCGAGCCAGAUAGCUUUGGGCUGGUUGCCGGUGUUCUAAACCAGGAGAAUUUUGUUUUCUUGAAUAGGUCGAUGCAGUAUAGCUUUGACAAUAAAGAAUGGGAGGACCUCAAUGCUGCAAUGCGCUGUUUCACACAGAUUUUAUUGACGAUACAGGAGAUGGCUCAGUCGCCCCUUGAAGAGGAUCAAGAAAUUGCGGAAAAUAUCCAAAACAGGAUUUUCUACGAGGAAACAACCCAUGAUCGCAUACUCGCUGUCAUCCGAGGGUAUACUGAUCAAGGGUUUGGGUACUUGGAUGCAUGCACCGAAUUGUCACAUGUGUUCCUGCGAAUGCUGGAACGCUAUUCAAAAGAAAACGUUGACAUGCAAGUGCGAUCACGGAGGCGAGCUAGAGGUAAGAAGAAAGCAACCGAACAGCAGCAAGAGGGGGCCAACGACGAGGAGCCGGCAUCAGAGGAAGAAGAUUUCGCAGAAGCUGAAAGAGAGUCGAAGGAGCGCAAAUUCGACUUUACACGCUUUGCUACUAGAUUUUGCAACCAAAAAAGCGUCGACACCUUCGUGACCUUCCUAAAGUACUACAAGGAACUAAAUACGGAACAGCUGAAACGUGCGCACCGAUAUUUCUAUCGGAUAGCUUUCAAGCAAGAGAUGGCUGUCUUGCUGUUCAGAGUUGACAUUCUCAAUCUUUUCUACCGGAUGAUCAAAGGGCCAGGCGCGCUCGAUUCGAAGAAGCCAAUUUUCAGAGAGUGGGAAGAGUUGGUUCGACAGCUUGUAAGACGACUUAUCAAGAAACUCGACCAGCGCCCCGCCCUGGUGACUGAGCUAUUGUUCAGCAAGAUCAAUUCGACCGCAUUUUACCUGGAAUACGGAUAUGACAAACAGACGAUAAGGACGACUAGAAGGGCUCCGGCGGAACUCGAGGUUGAUCCUAGAGAAGCUUCUACUGUGGAAGAAAAGCUCAGCAUCGUAGUAGCUGCUUUGGUAAGGGACGAGCAAGCUGGAUUAGUCAAGUGGAUUAGCGAUGUUCUGGGAUCAGCAGCAGACGAAAGGGAAGCAUGGGAAGCCCAAAAGCAAGCUCAAAAUGACGAAGUUUUGGGCACUGCAGAAUCCCCGAACCCCAUCAUUGCCGUCAAACCGCACGACGACUCGUGUAGAACGGCAAUGUUUCUCAACGCUAAGCUCCGACUCCUGCUAACAUUAGUCAAAUUUGAACGACUAGGGCAGGAGGAUGUGGAGGGGGCAUCCUGGAUCGUUCCGUCCGCAUUAGGCUCGACAGAACUGCGAGAAUCGAAGUCUGUCAUUGAUAAAGCCCUUGUCAUUGGGGAUACCGAUGGACGCGAUCCCCGCGAAUUGUUGCGGCGAAAAUAUGCCGGCGAGGCUAGGGGAGGCGCCGAGCAAACACAUCUUGAUGUAAAUUUCGGAUCGGACUCCGAAGGCGAGGAUAAUGUUCCUGAUGGGUCUCUGUUUCCGCCAAAUCCUCGAUCGAGGACCAACGCCCUUGAUGAGCUAAAGAAGAAGCGCAAGAAGCGUCUGGAUGACGUUGAAAGGGACCCAAUUGACGAGGAAACAUUGGAAGAGCGCCGCCAAGCGCGAUUGGAAAAUACCAGAGCUCGCCUGGCUAAGAUUAAGAGCGAUCUUUACGUGCAUGCCAGUGACGAGGAAACGGAUGAAGAAGCGGAUGAGGAGUUCUUCCGGCUUGAAGAACAGAGGCGAAAAGACCAAUCAGAACGGAUCAAGAAUGCCCUCCUCCAUGGCGUCCCAGAAGACGCAGGUGCAAGGUCAAGCAAAAAGCGAGGCAAACGAUCAAACGAUUCCAAGGCUCCUGGCGAAGGAGCCAGCGGGAAGCGGCGACGACAUAGCGCACAAACCAGCGAACUUGAUGAUGACGACGACAUUCUUAUGAGCGAUACUGCCAUGUCCCGUGAAAGCCCCUCCGGCGAGAAUAACGACACACCUCUCAUACCGGGAGAUGAUGAGCUUUACUUUGAUGAUGAUCUAGCAUUCAGACGAGAUCGAGAGAAGGACCCAGAUCCGCAUGUUAGCGAUGAAACUCAUGCUUCGGACGCCUCUAAAGCAGACGAAGGCGCAAAUGAAGACGACGAGGAUGAAGAUGUGCCUUUGGCUGCCCCAGCUCGUAGGCGCAUGCGAGCAGGUUUUGUCAUGGAUAGCGAUUCGGAAUAAUCCCCUAUGCGCUACAGUGUAUCUAUCAUAGGGCGAUUGAUGACUUUUAUGAGGAGCUUUGGCGUUGUAUUUGGACCAGCCUUAGGACAAAGCUUUUAGGGCAUGCAUAUUUCGCAGGGAUACCUCCUUUGCCUUGCAUAAAUAGUAUCAAUUCUAACCAACUGGGUAUAACAAGGGCAUCGUAUUCCUGCACUACAGACCACCAAGUAGUUAGUUAACUAGUAAAUUGAGAUUUGUCACGGAGAUGACUCACGUCGUAG